AAAAUGGCUGUUGUUAAACAAACCUUGCAGACUUCUUAUAACGAAGUAUUCCUUAAAACCAAAGAAGGGCCCACUAGAAAGCGAAAGCAUCAGAGAAUUGCUGGUGUAAAAUACACCGGCUUGAACCUAAUAGGGUCAGGACAGCCGCUGUUUUCGCCUGAUAGUAAAUAAUAAAAAAUCAAAUUACUAUAAUUUUUCUAAACAGAAAAACUCUGGCUUAAAGCACAAGACUUCUGGUAAGAAGAAGACUGGGUCCAAGUUGAAAGAUUUAUCCAGCAAAAAGACAUUUGAGUAUAGCUGAUUAAAACAAGAUAACUGAAACAUUUUUAAUAAUUCCAAGACUUUUUCACAGUGCAGCCAGAACAGCACUGGGGUGCUCCAGGAACUGGAGCAUCUCCAAGAGAACUGGAUGGACUCUGAAGAGCUUGCAAAACUUGUAAAAUAUCAAGAGUAUCUAGUUGAUGAGAACUAUUUUGAUCCAUUCACAUAUUUUGGUUGAAGCUAUAUGAGGGAUUAUAAAUUCUACAUCAACAAUCCCAAACUAGAUUGAGUUUUUAAGCAUGAUUCUAAUCUUCAUGACCCAAAAAUCUUACUUCAAAGUAGCCCUAGUGCAAAAAUUCCAAUCUCUGAUAUCGAAAUUGGCACAGAAUUUGAUGUUACAGACCAGUGUAAUGAGUCAUUUGAGAUAAAUACCAACCAUGGUGCCAAAACUCAUAAAGAGUGUAAUCAUUAUGCAAAUAAAUAAGCAAGUGAAGUCCUCAAAAUAUCAAAGUAUGCAGAGCUUGAAUGAAAGCAUGAGCAAUUAUUUGAUCCUAAAUAACCCUAAAAACUUAAUAAAGAAACUUAUUCCUCCCUCUAAAGAAAACCGGAGUGUCUAUUGUGACACUGGAGGAAGUAGCCUUGCAUCAAAGAGUCCUAUAACUGUUGACCUCAGCAGUUCCUCAAGAAUACUAUUCCCAAAGAAAUGAGAGACUGUUAAAAAUAAAAACAAGAAGCAAUUCCAAAUGGGAAAACCAAUAGAUGAGAAAUCACUUGAGAAGAAGAACCAAAUCAAGAAAUGUAAGAUAGAUUUACUGGGUUCGGAGAAGUAUGCUCAUAAAGGAUGUAAGAGUGCAUUGGAGAAAUCUCUCAAGGGUUCGAGAUCUCCAUCCCCUUCAAAUCCACACAACUCAUACUACAUGAAGCUGAGCGGAAACCAAAAGAUGCAUCCCAAGAUGAGUCAAUAUAAAAGUUCUCUGCUCAAUUUUGAAAGUAACAACAGUUUUAAGAGUUUAAAAGGAAGCCCCACUAAUGGGAAAUCAAAGCUAGAGCUUAACAGGAGUUAUUCUAAUACGAAGAAUAUCUCCAUGCUUCAGAAGCCUAGUAAUCGGGGUAAACUCCAUUACGAUUCCUUCCUAGAGUACCUCAACGAAACUAUGAAGAGCGCAUCAACUGUUGAAUCAAAGAACGUUAAAAUCUUUAAAAAUUCCAAAAUGAGCAAGCAGAAGCAAGUGAAACUGAAGAAAUCAAUAGACUCAGCCGUAAUGCCUUCAGAUAGGAUAAAACCUAAAUCAACAAAGCACAAGAGUAAGCCUACAAAUCCUUCGUAUGGAGCAAAGCUGAACAAAAGUUCCAGCUUUAAGCCAUGAAUGAAGAAGACUUCCAGCCUGAUUACUUCAGGAUUGGCUGCCUUCAAACCAGAUUAUGGAUAUUCUAACGAUAAAGUUGUGAACCCUAAGAAGCCCAAAAAACUAAAGAGCCGGGAAAGCAGCAGGACAAGGCCCUCUAAGCACAGACCUAAGUCCAAGAGUAAGACAAAGAAUAAAAGAUCUAAGGAGAAGUCCAACACUAAUCUCCAAAAAUACAACGAGGCUUGUAAAAAGAAACCACAUGGCCCAAAUUCUGCUGCCCUUCUUUGUAAGAAAAUCAAGGAUGAGAUCAACUAUUUUGGCUCAAGUAAGCUCUCCAAGUACAUGAAGUCAUGUAAAGAGAAAUCAGUGAAGGGUAAGAAGAAACAAAAGAAACUUGAAUCCUCUAAGUUUGCUAAUAUCAAGAAACCAGUGAUUGAAACUAAGAAAGUCACUAAGCGAAAACUUCUCGAUGCUCCUUCUGAGUAUUUCGGUCAUAGAGGGGGCUCUAUGGAUGUGAAUUAUCAACUAAAAGCUUUCCUGAACUGUAAAAAUUCCAUAAAGUCUGAGUUUGCAAAGUCUAACAGAUCAAAUUGAUCCAGGCAGAACUCAGUGAAGCAAGGUGCAUCAUUAGAGACCUCUCUCAACUCGCAACUGUGUAUGAAAUCACAGAGGAAUCCUUACACAAAGUUCAAGAAGUUUUUCUUCUAAUCCCAAUGCUUGGACAUACCAAAUAAUUCGUAAAUAAUCGGUGUCAAC